AUGUCUUUUUUAAAGUGGUCUUAUCCAAAUAAACCAGUUGAUGGAUAUUGGGGUCCAACUACUUCUAUAAUAGAUUGGUGUGAAGAAAAUUAUGUUGUAUCUCCAUAUAUUGCAGAAUGGUCAAACACAAUAUCUAACUCCAUGUUUUUACUUACUGCUACCUAUUCUACAUGGUGUGCCUAUCGUAAUGGAUUAGAGUUCAGAUUUUUAUUAAUUGGGCUAGGCUUUGCACUUGUUGGUGUCGGUUCUUGGUUGUUCCAUAUGACUCUGAAGUAUAGAUUUCAACUACUAGAUGAAUUACCAAUGGUUUAUGCUACUUCUAUACCUGCUUGGAGCGUCUUUUGUGAGUUUAAUUGGAAGACUUGGAGAGCUAAAACAAAACAAGCCUCAAAGAAAAGACAACUACUCUUUGCAUUGACUGUCUUCUCAUUUACUACUAUUCUAACUUACAUGUAUCUGGUAUGGCAUGUUGUUUUGUUGUUUCAAGUACUUUACGGGAUUCUAACUUUGACUGUGGUGGCUAUAUCAAGUUCUUUUGCCAUCUUUCUAGAGACUAAAGAUCCUUUGGUUAAAAAAAAUCUUUAUACUACUAUGGGCAUGGGUAUUAUAACUUUCUCCUUAGGUUUUAUCUUUUGGGAAUUAGACCAAUUGUUUUGUCCUUUGUGGAUUCAUAUAAGAAGAGAUUAUUUGAAGCUACCAUUGGGUGUUCUAUUGGAAUUACAUGGUUGGUGGCAUCUUUUAACUGGGAUUGGUGUCUAUUCUUAUUUGGUGUUUUUGCAUUAUUUAAGAGUAUUGAAUCUACAGCAAGGUGAUCAGUUCACAUUUAUUUGGAGAUGGGGAGUUAUACCUGAAAUUAUUAAGAAUGAUCUCGCAAUUAACACAAAUUAUUCUUUAACAUUCUGGGGUCCAUUCGAAAAAGAGAAAAACAUUGAUGGCCAUAGAUCUAUUCCAAACGAUAACGGUUCUAAUGCUAAUAGCAAUACUAAAACUAAUUCCAGUUCUAAUUCUAAUUCUAAUACAGAGACCCAAGGUUGA